ACCCAUUUAACUGAUAGUUAACAGCAGAGAUCAAUUCAUUCACGUGACACCUUAUCGCUCCCAGAUAACAGGUGAAUUCAACGUACCUGGUCGUGAAUGUUGGUUAACCCCAACCUUCCUGUUCUGUGUCGGGACCUCCAGAUCGUUUGCGGCUGCUUCUCGCCUCUUGUUGUGUAACUUGCCCCCAGACCAUCCAGAUUUCUCGGCCACCAGAGUCAAGCCUGUGCAACAAACAUUACAGUCAUUACCACGAGGUCAAACUCCUCAUCCAAUGGUUUGAGCAGUGUGGCAUUACGGCUGUCUUACUCGUUGAUCGGCCCGAGGGAAAUUGCUUGGUCUAGAGUGUCAAGUUUCGCGUCCGACUUCCGCUUUGUGUCCGCCGCGGCAGCCAUGCCGCCUAAGUGGGACAAAAGGCCCCCUUCCGGCCGCAAGGCUCCCCGGGGUCGGCCUACUCCGUCCCGGGGUAGGAUCCGACAGUCCAUCCCCUCAACACCCACGAUGGCGGCUGCCUCACAUGGGUUCUCAAUGAAGGAUGAAGCCAGGAACACGGCAUCCCAUCAGUAUUCCUUGGAUUGGGGCUCGGGCGAUGCCAAGCUUCGACAGAAACCCGUCACAUUCGUGAGCGCUGGCGUCGUCGAGCCUCUGAAGGAACAGAAGCCUUCCAGCCAUGUCUCCGAAUCCGAGACGGCUGAUAAGCGUGCUGAGGAUGCUGUUGAGGUGACUGGCGACAGCGCUCGAAUGGAGGCUGCCGAGAUCCAGGAGAUGGAAAUCAUUGAUGACAGGGAAGGUGAAACGAUUAUCGAAGGCCCCCGUCAAGAGACCCCUAUGAUCAAGGGGGCGAGCACAGAGCAGUUUGUCGUCGGUGCAAACGAGUCUGAAGAUGCUCAAGAAAGCGAAAAGAAAGAGUUGUUUUUCUUCGACCUAGGGGAAGGCGAAUCUGUCCUUGACACUGGCCUUCCUCCCCCGCGGAUUCCAAGUCCAAAAUCGUCCCUUGACGGAUCUGAUUCAAGUGAAGAGGUCAUUCUCUUCAAAGGUCGGUUCGCGGGCGCUCCGGGCGCUUCUGAUCGCACUGAAGAGUGUCGCCCCAAAGAGUGCCGUCCCAGCGCUUCAGCCACGGCCUCAGUGACACCACUGAAGCGUGAAGCCGAGGCCUUGGCGGGGCCAAGCAACUCCGAGUCUCGAAGCAUCACCCGUCCCACUCGGCCUCUGCGAAAACGGUCAAGAUCCCGGCGCGGUUUCCGCCAGACUCGGAGAGCCAUGGAGGACAGUGACGAGGAUGCCAUACUGGCAGACUACAUCGCCAAUAUGACCACCAACUCGGACGAUGACCCUCUCGCCAGCCAUCUCCGGUCACUGUCCGGUUACAGGGACCUUGGUGGCGACGACGAGGCCGUCAACUUCGGGUUUGACGAUGGGAAGUCGCCCGGACGGAACGAUUCUUCGGAUGACGAAAGAUCUUCGGCCCCUGGAUACGAUAUUGGUAAUUCCGAAAUGGAUGAUUCCGAAAUGGACGACUCGGUGAACGGGGACGACGACCAGGAGAUGGAUGCGGCUGUGGACGAUGAAACGCUCGCCCGGCUUCUUGCCAAGCAAGAAGAGCUGGGCCUUGGAGGCGAUGACCUGCUCCUCUUCACGAGCUCAUUUGCUCAGAGGGAAACCACGAAAUCCCGUGGAAAACACACCGCUAGUGCAAGCUCAAGCCGGGCGCCAGCUAGGCAUGCGAGUGCUGCUCGAGUAGCGGAUGCACUCGACGAUUUAGAUCUGGCCAAUUGGAGUCAACUAACCGGGCAGUCACGAAAGCGCCGCAGCAAGCGACCUCCCAACUUCAACGUUUCUGACUCAAAGAUUGAGGCAGCUCUUCAGGCUGCAUGGCAGCGCGACAGAGAACGGAAGAAGAUUCGUAAGCUGGAACGCGAGGCACUCCGUGCUGGGGGGCUGCUGGGCAAAAACAUGGAUUCCAACGACUUGCGUGUCAAGUAUCCCUCGGGCAUGAAGCUCGACGAUAUCAAAGCGGAGCUGACCUCGUUUCUUCUCGGCUCCGUGGAACGCCUCGACUUCCCCCCACUCGACAAACAUGCGCGCAUGGUCCUUCAUGAAAUCGCGAACAAGCUCAACAUCAAGUCAAAGUCCACUGGCCAGGGCAACCAACGCCGUCCUGUGCUUUAUCGCACCAACCGCACCUUCAAGUACGCUUCUACCCGUAUUGAAGACGCAGCCAGCCAUGUCGACAAGGCGGCGACGCGCGUCCAUCGGAAAUACUUCCACCGCGUCGAUGUCAAGGUCCAGAGAACUGAAUCACCCAGAAGCGCGGGAGGCAGGACGAGCCACAAGGCACUGACGCUCCGGGAGGGAGAGGUUGUGGGAGCGUCGGUCCCCGAGCUCGGCCAGGAUAACAAGGGGCGCGCGAUGCUCGAAAAAAUGGGCUGGAGCAAGGGAAUGGCUUUGGGCGCGCUGGACAACAAGGGCAUUCUGGAGCCUGUGGCACAGGUUAUGAAACGUUCCAAGGCCGGGCUCGGCUAAAUCCGCACGGGGUGAAGCCGUAAAGCAUUUGAGCCUCGAGGAAGCCGUCGUGAUCCGAGGUCCUGCGGGGAUUCUCUCCAACUCGAAUUACAUCGGCGCCGGGAUGUUUGAUCGUUCUGUAUGACUAGCCAGAGCGCAUCGUGUAUUUUGAAGUCGAAUCGUUCAGAGCAUCG